GAAAAAAAGAUGAGGUGAGGCCUCCUGGCAGACACAAGCAAGCCAUGCAGCAGUGUGAGACCAUCCUUUGCCUUUCGGUCUACAUCUUCACCUUCGUCACAGGCUUCCCAAGCAACGUCCUGGCCUUCUACACGUUCAGCUGCAAGGUGUGGAGAAAGCCAGUGCCCAUCGACAUCCUCCUUCUCAACUUGACCAUCUCAGACCUCCUAUUCCUUCUCUUCCUGCCCUUUAAGAUGCAAGAGGUGGUCAGUGGCAUGCACUGGGACAUGCCAUACUUUCUGUGCCCACUGUCUGGCUUCAUCUUCUACAUGACCAUCUACAAUAGUGCAUUUUUUCUCACUGCAGUAAGUGUCGAGCGCUAUCUGGGAGUUGCUUUUCCCAUCCAGCAUUCAUUGAGACGACGACCCAUCUACGCCGUGGUGGCCUCAGUCUUCCUCUGGGCGCUCUCCAUGCUCCAUCUUAGCAUUGUCUACAUUGUACCGUACUACAACCCUGCUGGGACAGGUCCACCGCCUAGGAAUGUGUGCUAUGAGGAAUUUACAGAUGCCCAGCUGCACAUUCUGCUGCCUGUACGCUUGGAGCUGUGCAUUGUGCUGUUCUGCAUCCCGUUGCUCAUCUGCACUUUCUGCUAUGUCAACUUCAUUCGGAUCCUGUCGCGUUUGCCAAACAUUGGCAGACGUAGGAAGCUUCGAGCCAUUGGACUUGCCUUGGGCACGCUGCUGGUGUUUGUGCUGUGCUUUGGACCCUACAAUGUCUCGCACGUGGUGGGAUUCAUCACCAAACGCAGCCCUGCAUGGAGAGACAAGGCACUGCUACUCAGCACUUUCAAUGCCUGCCUGGAUCCACUCAUCUUUUACCUGUCGUCGGCAGCUGUCCGGAACACGCUGGCAUCAAUGGCACAGGGUGUGUGGCACAAAAUAAAGGCAGGUAGCAGUGUUCUUUCCUGCUGGAGACUGGGAAAAGAUGGGCAUGAGACUACUAAAAACUCAUUUCCAAUACCAGGCGAGAUUAAUGCUCUUUGACAGAAAUUGGUGGCGAGAACAGGACACAAUCACGUCCUUGUGUUUUUCACAAUCCUUUCGGAAAAGGACGCGACCGUUUAUAUUUUAAUCUCCAAAGGAGCAAUUACACAGCACAUGGAAUAGUUGGGGAUUUGGAACUUUGCUCAAAGACAUUAAGACAACACUUGGGUCAGUAAAAUCCGCUCUUUGGAGGUUAUUUAUUUCCGGGAACCAAAUUCGGAUGUUAUAUAAGAGAGAGAACUUUGUAGUGAGCAGACCAAACACAAUUGUGGGAUUUGAACUUCUUGUUACUAAACCAAAACCUGAUCUACCACAGCUCUAUCAACAUAUUUCAACAUGCCUGUAUGGCUUUACGUAAAAAAAAAAAACCAUAUGAUUCCUGCAUUGAGUAAGGGCUUGGACAACAGACCUCACAUGGGAGAUUUAUGAGUCCACAGUACGAGAAAAAAGACAUCAUAUACAACUCACUGUGUACACAUGACAGCCAUAUAUUGAGUGUUUGCAAACAGAAGCCCUGUGGUUUAUGAACGUCUAGCCUUGAAUAUGUUUUCUUGUGCUUGCUUCUUCAGCCGGAAUUAAAGACAUGAACUGCGCUGGGCAUAUUGAACGAGGGGCGAAAAAAGGACCCUUCACCUGGACUGUUCAGUAUGAUUGGGUGGAGAUUAAGCACAGAGUCACAGUUUGUUCAGUGUGGAGAUAAAGGAUCUGCAAUAGCAGGCAAUACUUGGGUCAAUAGAACUCGCUCUUUCACCUGUUCCAUGUUAAUAUUUGCAGGUUAUUUGGUUCUGGGAAAAAUGAACAAUAGAUGAUGGACUGGGAACUAACACCAGACGUUAUUUGAGAGAGAAAAGAAAAAAAAGGAAUAUAGAGCAAACACACACACACACACACACACACACACACUCAGGCUUUCAAUAUUUCCACAUUCUCUCUUCAGUUCUGGAAAUGACAAAACCGCUAAACCUUUCAUACCUCAACAAAAAAACAAAUCAAUAAAAAGCAAAGAAACGAAUAACAAUAAAACAUUAUACCUUGUUUUUAAUGAAAUUCUUCAAAUCUUACAGCAGCGAAGCCUGAUUAUCUUGUCAACCCUACCGCAAAGAGCAAUUCAUCAGGCCCAGACUGAAAUUAGCUGUCAUUACUUAACGUGUUUAUUGGAGAACCUUGAGGAGUAUAUUGCUUAUUGUAAUGUCUGCCGUCCAUUUCUGGCCUCUACGGCAUCAUAAAAUUUUUAUAGUAUAUUUCCCUCUUGCUCAUAACCGUUUCAAAUCUCCCUACAGGAUACUGGUGCGUGAGUGAGUUAUGAUUUAUGAACCUAAUAAAUAUUUGGAUAAGGUUAUUGUCUUUGCUAAUCUUUGUGUGUGUGUGUGUGUGUGUGUGUGUGUGUGUGUGUGUAAAUGUAAUCCACUAAUUACGUGUGGCAAGAAACAAAUGCACAAGGGCUUUGGUUUUGUGCUUCAUCGAAUUUCAUACAUGGGGAAGAUGUUAUUUAUAAUUUAUUGUCUGUAGCCUGUUAGCAAACAUAAGACAUCCAAAUAAAUAAUUUUUUGGUCUGAAAGGAAAAUAUCCAGGGAGUCUUAGGAUUGAACACAGAUUGUUGCUUGUCACAGUUGAUGGCAGUAAUAAAUUUGACAAGUUGUUGAAUGUGUAUUGUAUUCAGUGGUCUACGUUUCCUCUAUUAAUAUGAAAUGUGAAUCCUGAAACCACAUAAACUAUGAAAUUUAAGUUGAUGACUUGGGUUUCACAUACGA